AAUAGGCAUUGACGACGCAACGUGUACAUUCGGCUGACUGGUAUUGAUGUCUAACUAGUGACUGCAGAGAGUGAACACAUCACAAUACUCCAAGGACUAUGAAGCUACGCGCCUGUAACCUGCUGUUCAUGUCGGCAGCUCUACUAGUGUUUCUCUCCACAUCGGCAGAUGCUAAAAGGCGGUCCAACAGCGUCGGAAGUGGAAGCCCGGAUCCGCCCAGCAGACUGGACACCGACAACCCCCUUCUACCAGGCAUGAACCAUGGAGAGACGCUGACCAAGUUUAUAGACAGAACAUUGCGUCCAAGCACAAGCUUUAAUAAGCGAUGUUCCGAGAUAAUCGACAAGCUUGUCCGCACACUACAGGCAAAGUCAAGUCCCUUCAACAUAAAGGGAAUUGUAAAGGGUGGCUCACUGGGCAAGGGCACAUCCGUGAGGGACAAGUCGGACAUAGACCUCAUCAUCUUCUUCAACGACUACAACACCGUUAAGGGUCUACAAAAGUACAAAGACAAACUGCUGCAGCAGCUGAAGGCCUUUGUUCAAGACGAGUGGUCGGACCAUUUCAUCUACAAAGAAAUAACACCGUUUUCUGUCCAGUUCUACUUGAAGAUCGACGAGGAGGAUACCGAGCACGAGGUGGACCUGCUACCGGCGCUAGACAUAACUAAGAGCGGACGUAAGCCGUCGGAGAUUUAUGAGGAGAUGCUGGAUCAGCAGCCCAAGGUCAGGGACCACUACUCCAGCUGCCUGGCCCCCCUGCAACUCGAGUUCGUCACACACACAGACAGAAUGGCAACCCCGGCGAAGGUGAAGGACUUCAUGCGACUUCUGAAAUACUGGGCGAAGGUAGAGGAUGUCCCGUUGAGGUCCUACUUCCUGGAGCUCCUGGUCGUGCGGCAGUGGAGGGAGGAUGGCAAGCCCAAGGACAUAGACACGGAGACCUAUCUGUACCGGGCCCUCCAACAACUGGCUCAGCUCCGAGAUAUGGCUAUCGCCUUCAGCGACAACUACAACUUCGUGGACUACGUGCCAAAUAUUAAGAAGCCGUUCCUACUGGAUCCUGCCAACCCCUUCAAGAACGUGGCACCAUCGUCCAAACGGGAUGUCGACGUUGUUGUGAAGAAGUCGCAGAUCCUGUUGGAGAGAGGGUGGCCGAAGUCGGCCCGUCUGUCUGACGAGCUGUGACGUUACCCACGUUGACAACAUCAUCACCUUGAUGCAACACAACUAGCGCGUGAACUGGACCGUUGUGUCCUUCUGGGGUGCGCAUUCGUGGUUUAAUUCAACUGAUUGGUCCUUUGAUGUGCCAGUUUAUUACCAGUUAUGUAUCAGUUAUGUAUAUAUAUGCCAGUAGCUUGGUGUAAUGGUUCAGCAGGGUGCAAAACAACUUUAACGGUAAGAUUACCUUAUUUUCGUGUGUGUGCGUGCGUGCGUGCGUGCGUGCGUGCAUAGUCAUAACACUUGAUUGGUUGAUAUGCGGCCUUUGUCUUCCAUGGUACCACUUCUGUUUCACUCCUACGGCUGUUUACAAACGUAAAUAAUAAUGGAUAUGUUUUGUGUACACUUAUGACUUGCUGUACUUUGUGCGGUUUUAGCAGAACAUGAAAUGUCUCGAAGGACGAAAGUAUAUCACUCAGCACAAAUGGAUGUUACUCUUCCUUUACAAAUUCAAAUUUUGGUAAAUGAGAUAAAGGUUAAAGAUUACUCAGCGAUGCAGAUAAGGUUGUGACGCCAACUUCACGUAUCACGUAUGGAACCCAGUCAGAUGGGUGGGAGGGUCUACCCAGUUUAACAGCUGGAAUCGUAGAUGUCCACUGCUCUGUUGAAAACAACCAGGCCCGCCUUUUGCCUGAUCUCUUUCAAUAACAUAAAUCCCAAACAAAACACUAACUCGGUUCAAUGCCACGUAACUUGGGUUUAGGGUCUGAUAAUGUUUAGAACUAUGUUUAAUACUUAGACGUGUUUAGGGUUUUAAUGCGGGAACAACAGCUCAUUUCAUGUGUUUAGACCCUAAUCGCGAUUAGACAGAACACCAAAUGAAUAUUCUGUUCAAGAUUUCCAAUACGAUUAGAUCUAAACAUCUGUUAAAAUGUACAUGUUAACAUUCUACGAUAUACAGUGACGUAAUCCGCCGGGUUAUAAAUGCUAAAACCUUCGAUAUUCUUCCACGAUUAUUUAUCUUCAAUUACUUGUACUACCGCCAUGUCUGGUUGUGGGGUUGUGAGGUUGCUACUCGCGUCUUGAUGUGACAUUUCACCCAGUGUACUUUACGAAGACAGUUGUGUAGGAGACGGUUCAGUGGGCUAUCUUACCGAGCUAUGAAUAGUUAAAACAGAAAUUGAACCUAUGUUAGCGAUUUCAACAUAAAACGUGUUGUUUCAUCGAUGUAAAUACUCAUUGUAUGUCAUGAAAGGGAAUUACAUCAGGUUUCAUCGUCAAAUAAUGAUCGGUUCAUGUAUGUAGAUCGCUGGGUAUUAGGGUAUGCAUGCGGUAAGAAAUGAGGCUGUUUGCAGUAUUAAUAGAUAUCUUCCUGUGUGUAACAGUAUAUUUAUAUCGUAAUGUCACUAACAGGAAGAGACAUGUAUUAAUACAACAUACAGCCGCAUCACUUACCGCAUUUAUACACGUAUAUAUAUAUAUGUGGUCUUUUGUACAAUAAACUUCUUUGACUUGGACCAAUACGCACAUUAAUUACUGUAAUGUAAAUGGAACUUUGACGGGGUAUAAUGUUGUUUUUGCUGCAUCAACUACAGGUCCCAUGUAAGUGGGAUUUGGGAUUUGUGUUCCACGUUGUGUGACGGGUAAAACAAUAUUUCACAGGGCAAAGACAGUGAAAUGUGAAGUGUGUUAAAUAUGUUGUGACGGUUUUCUCCAGGGUGUGGUAUAUAAUGGCAUGAAAAAUAGAAAUAAAACGUUUUGUCUCACGA